AUGGCCUUAAUUAUGGUUUGUUCGCUUCAAAGCAAUUCAUCUGGUUCGAAAGAAGCAUCUACACCGGCCACAACGCAAGCACGUCCUGGCAGCGCUGCAGGUGGCAGUGCUGGUAGUCAAAGUGUUGGUAUGCCCAUCAAUUCAAAGGAGACUGCACCUGAUGCGAGACAAAAUUUCCUCACUACAAAGAAGCCCUCACCGCAUGAUCGCUUUGAUGACUUGUCGAGAAUACUGCUUGAUGUGGUUGGUCAGCAAUACACGCACGUCAUUGUGGAUAGUAAUUUUGAUGACGAUGAAGUCAAUCCAACGUUAGGUGAAAUUAUGAACAUGAAACCAGGUAAAAAUGCCAGCAAUUUAGAACGUUUCCAGUUGCGCAUCUCCAAAAAGGAACUUUAUAGUGAGAAUGACACUUUUGUGGAUGCUGUGAUACGUGAUAUGAUUAAGUUGCCAAUACAACACGUCGUACAAAAAGAAGGCGGCACGCAACUUAAAUUAAUGAUUGAAUAUCCCAAUGACGUAAAGGCAUUAAUGAAACCCAUGAGGUGA